AUGAUCCUGAUCACGCUGCUCAAUCUCAUCAAUACAGCCGCCUUCAUGGCCGUGCUCUCCCUCAGCGCCGUGGCCCUCUACACCUCCUACGCCAUCCCCAUCAUCCUUCUGGUUGUCAAGAGAGUGUAUCUCCCGGCGGAGAUCCGGUGGGGUCCGUUCUGUCUUGGUCGGUGGGGGUUGCCCAUUAACCUUUUCGCUAUUGUUUACUCCGUCUACGUUGUUAUUUUUGUCACUUUCCCCACCAUGUUGCCCAUUACGGCUUCGAAUAUGAAUUAUGCCGCGCCCGUCUUGGUUGCGGUUCUGAUAUUUGCCGUCCUUGAUUGGGUUUUUCGGGGUCGAUUCACGAUUAAUUCGUCUAAAACUCUGAACACGAGGUUCCUAUCUCGCUACCAGAAGAACACGCAAUACCGUCACAUCCAUUCUGAGCCUGCAGGAUCAAGCAUCCCUGCAGGUGCAGAUGUAGUUACAUGUGGCGUUUAUCACGGAGCUCCGAGCGCGGCGCUGUCCAUCCUGGAGCUUAUCUCCUAUGGACGUGUCACCCUAAAGCUUGACUCGCUUGAUCGUAAGGAAAUUCCCAAUUGA